AUUUUUCAUUGAGAGUUCUCAUAAGCAUUAAGCAAAGGGAAAAGCAUUGAAAGCUGAGAGAAAGAGACUCACCAACCAUACCCCACUUCCACGCCUCUUCUUCUCUCUUUCUCAGUAUCAUUUCCCUACCAAAACAGACAUACGCAAACACAGUUUCUUUCUCUCCCUAACUGAGCGCCAUGGAUUCUUCUUCCAUCUAUGGCGUCUCCCACAUCUUCACCUUCUUCCUUCUCUUCCUUUUACAACUACGUUCACUCUCCGCAUUCCCUCACAACUCUUCAACCACUCCUCAGAUUAACUCCAACUCCAUCCUCGUCGCGCUACUCGAUUCCCAUUACACCGAACUCGCCGAGCUCGUCGAGAAAGCACUUCUUCUCCAGCAACUUGAAGACGCCGUCGGCAACCACAACAUCACCAUCUUCGCCCCGCGAAACAAGGCCCUCGAACGCGACCUCGACCCCGAGUUCAAGCGCUUCCUCCUCGAGCCUCGCAAUCUUCGCUCCCUUCAGACACUCCUCAUGUCCCACAUUCUCCCCACGUGAAUCUCCUCCCGCCACUGGCCCAACUCCGAUCGCCAUCACUCCACUCUCGGAAACCAUCACCACCUGCAUUUAGCCACAAAUCCCUCCGGCCAGAUGACCGUCGACGCCGCCGAGAUCCUCCGCGCCGACGACGUCGUCCGCCCCGACGGAAUCAUCCACGGCAUCGAGCGUCUCAUAGUCCCCCGAUCCGUCCAGGAGGACUUCAACCGCCGCCGCAACCUCGCCGCCAUCUCCGCCGUCAUCCCGGAGGGUGCGCCGGAGAUCGAUCCCCGCACCCACCGCCUCAAGAAGCCUGCCCCAGUCCCCGCCGGCGCCCCUCCCGUUCUCCCAAUCUACGACGCCUUGGCGCCGGGACCGUCCAUCGCUCCCGCACCGGCGCCGGGACCCGGAGGCCCGAGGCACCACUUCAAUGGCGAGCGGCAGGUGAAGGACUUCAUCCACACGCUCUUGCAUUACGGAGGGUACAACGAAAUGGCCGAUAUUCUCGUUAACCUAACGUCUCUGGCCACCGAAAUGGGAAGGCUCGUUUCAGAGGGUUACGUCCUUACCGUUUUGGCCCCCAACGACGAAGCCAUGGCGAAGUUGACGACGGAUCAGUUGAGCGAACCCGGCGCACCGGAGCAGAUUAUGUACUAUCACAUUAUUCCCGAGUACCAAACCGAAGAGAGUAUGUACAAUGCCGUCAGAAGGUUCGGUAAGGUCCGCUACGAUACCCUGCGCUUACCCCACAAGGUUCUCGCUCAGGAGUCUGACGGUUCCGUUAAAUUCGGUCACGGCGAUUCCUCCGCAUACUUGUUCGAUCCUGAUAUUUACACCGAUGGAAGGAUCUCCGUCCAGGGAAUCGACGGCGUUCUUAUCCCCCCGGAGGAAGAGGAAGAACGCACCCAGCGCACCACUCCACUUGUCAAGGUUGCCGCUAAACCAAGAAGAGGGAAGUUGAUGGAAAUGGCAUGUAGCAUGCUCGGAGCUUUUGGACAAGGAUGCCAAUGAACUCGUUCUCUCAACUAAUCACAAAAGUAAUAAAGAGUGGUUGUAUGUAAACUCGAUGAAUGUUGUAGAGUAAUCAUUUGAAUACAAAAAAAAGGAAGCAUGCUCGGUCUAUAAUCAGAGAGCGAUUACACGGAAGAUAACAAAAACAAAUUUUCUGUCAUUUUGUUUCAUACUGUAAUUACAUACCAUUUUUUUAUUAAAUUUUUAUUUUAUGUUGAUUCUCCGUCUCUAUGCGUAAAUAACCGACGCCCCUUCUUGGUUGUCUUU